GCCAUUUACAUUAAACUGCACGUUGCACGAAUUUUAUUAGAGCCGAUGUGAUGUAAACAAACAUGGCGGCAAGUUCAGUUUUUCUUGUAAUGGUUAGUGGACAAAUAGAGACUGCAGAGUUUCCAGAGUUUGAUGAUCUCUACUGUAAAUAUUGCUUCACAUAUGGACAAGAUUGGCUUAUAACAUCUGGUUUAGAGGAAGGAAUUACUCAGACAACCAAGAAAAGCCAGGAUGAAAGACAACAUUUUGUGUGGAAUUUUCCUCUAGAUGUUACAUUUAAAAGUACAAAUCCACAUGGCUGGCCACAAGUGGUUGUUCACUGUUAUGGACCAGAUGUAUUUGGACAUGAUGUUGUAAGAGGAUAUGGAGUUUGUCAUAUACCGAUCACACCAGGGAGACACAAGAGAAAAUUGGCCAUGUUUGUUCCUGAAUCAUCCUCAACAUUACAGAAGCUUACAUCAUGGUUUCUAGGAAGACGUCCAGAAUACAUUGAUCCUCGUGUAGUCUCACAGGGUGAAGGCAGAGAAGUUACUAGAGUGAGAUCACAAGGUUUUGUGACAGUAUCAUUCAAUGUUGUGAUGAAGGACAUGAAGAAGUUAGGAUAUGAUGUGUUACCAUCGGAUGUAUCUUCAGUCAAUGUGCCAGAAAAUGUUGGCAUGACAACGACAGAAGCAUGAUCUACUCAAUUAUGUACAUUUAAUUUAUUUGAAUUGACUUUGAUUGCAAACUGCUGUGAUAUAUCUGAUAAACAUGAUAGAUAUUGUAAUAGCAGAUGGUAUACAGGUAUACAUAAUAAAUUUACAUUAUUUUACAAAAGUUUAGUUACAAUGAUCUUAUAUUAUAAAGUGAUUUGAAAUUGUUAGAGAACUUCAAAUUUACUAUAACGGCUGUUAUCAUAAAAAAGUUUUGUGUUUUUUUUCUUUCAAUUUUAGCUACCUUGAUCUUCUAAAAGCAAUGGAUGGUAUGAAUAGUUAUUUAAAGAAUAAGAUAAUAUCUUCUUAUGAAUUCUAAUGUUCUAAUAUACAUGUAUUUAAAAUUCUUAUUUAGUUCUCAGUAUUGAUUAUUGAUUUACAAAAUAUGUAAAAAUACAGGGAUAUUAGAUAUAAAUUUAUUUGUGAAAGGUUGUCUGAUUAAAAUCUUCUAAAUAUUAGCACAGGUCUGUAGAAUAUAUUCAUUUAUAACUAUAAUUAUGUAUUUAACUUGGAAAUGCAUAAAUUAAAUAUUAAGAAUAAUACAUUUGAUGUAAAUAUUAUUUACGAGUUAUUAGUUCACGGAAUACUGUAAUAAAAUACUGUUUGGUAUUUAAAUGAUUAGAUAAUGUUUUAUUCACUGUUGAUAUACAUUUAUUAUGAUAAAAGAACAUGUAUUUCUUCUUUUUUUUCACUCAUAUACAGAAAGUGAUGAUAAUUAUUCUUAUAUCAUUAAAUAGUUCAGAACCAUGAGUGAUAAUUACUGAUAUAUGCCACCAGUGGCUGUACCCCUGUACUGUCUGAACAAACUCUAUAAUGUUGACAACACAAUUUCUAUACUUGUUUUUAAAAAUAUGUUAAAAAUAUGUUAAUCAAGUUAAUCAAGACAUCAUUACUUUUACUUGAGACAGAAAAUGAUAUGUGGAUUAGAUUAAGCUUUACCACUGUGAAUAUUUUAUUAAUAAAUGAAAUUGUCUAUUUUUCACUUUGUACAAAACCAUUCAUCAUGUUUAGAGAGAUUUUAGAAAUAUGUUCUGACUGAAGAGUGAAAAGUGCAGACCAUGACCACACAGCAUAGAUGUGCCAGUUGAUCUUGGUCUGCACUGGUCACAUGUGUUGAAUCAGUUGCUGGCAGCAGGCUAGUGGUUAAACGUUUUACAACAACCUGUGAGUUAUUUACUAUACUUAUAACUGUAUGUUUACUUAUAAGGUAAUUGUUUGAUAAACUACUCUUUUCUUGAGUAUUCUAUAUUCUCAUAAAGAUAUUGAAGGACAUGUAUAGUUCUAUUUGCUUGUUAACUUAACAUCAUGAGGCAGUGUUGUAUAUUGAUGGCUGUAUAAUAUGUUUGUAAUAUAGAUUUAUAUAGUGCAGUAGAUUAAAUAAUAAACUCUGAAACUAGAA